AUGCCAAAAACCAAAUUUUCUGCUAUUCAGAAUCCAAUUUAUAAUAAAGAAAACGUCAAGUCAAAGAAAAAAGAGUUAUGGCCAAAUAACGUACAAAAAGCAUUUGAGGAAGCAUAUAUUAUGUAUAGUUGGAUGAAUGAUCGAGAAACAAAAUUAAUUGCAGGAAAGCAUUAUGGUCGAAAUGAAUUAAUUGGAUUGUAUAUUAAAGAGAAAACUAAUGAGAUACGAGAUAGGAAACAAGUAUCUUCUCACAUACAAGUAUUAAAAAGAAAGGGAUUACUUCCAAAAGUUUCUAAUUCUACUAUGAAUACUAUAAAGAACCAAUCUCUUCUUAUGACAAAUGCUUGUGCAAAUUUUAUUUUCAACCAACCUGGACUUACCACGGGAGAACAUGUAUUUAUAGAUACCAAAAUUAAUGGUUUUCAUAAAAUUAAUCAAAUUUCAAUCAAUCAAAUACCAAUUGAAAGAUCUGAUAUGAUAAUCAAAUUAUAUAAAGAAUCGACAUGUCACAUGUUAUUUUUCAAAGUCAAGUUUCAUGCUGGCCAAAUUCCGGAUUAUGUUAAAAUUGACAAUGUUUUAAACAUGGUGUCUGAGUCGAGCACACAACAAGUAUUAUUACAAACAAAAAUAUUUUUCAAGACUAAAGAAAUACGUAAUGAAGAAAAUAUAUUUUGGGUGGACAAAAUAAAUAAAAAGGGCAAUUACUCCCUUUCGUUUUCACCUAAAUUCAUGAAUUCGUUAAUUAAAGAAGCUAAAUCAAAACCAAAAGACAAAAUAGAUGUAUUUUUUCAAAAGCUUGUGAUUAUACAAACAUUUACAGAUCCAAUUUCUAAGACAUUAUUAUUAAAUGUAGUUUAUCAGUUCGAAUCAGGAUAUGGGGCAGGAGAUGAUAGCACAUCACAAAUCUUUUUGAUAAUGCCUAAUGAAGAAAUAUUAUGA